GCCGCUGAGGCGCGUCGGCGGUUGCGGGAGGAGCGCGGCCUGCGGGGCCGGCGGCUCAGUCGCUCCGCCCGGCCGGCCGUGGCCGCCGCCGCUCGGCCGCGCUCAGGUACCGGCCCGGCGUCGGCCCUCGACGCGGCGGCCGGGCGCGCGCCUCCCGCCCGUGCGUGCGCGCCCCGCGGGGCCCUGCGUGCGCGCGCCUGCGCGGGGCCGCGCGUGAACUUGGGCCGGACGGGCCGGCUGCCGGCUGCGCGCAGACCCGGCCGCGCGGCCCGAUGCGCUUCCCCCGCGUGAGUGCCGAGCGUUUCCGCCGCCGGACCCCGCGGGCGGGCCGCUGAGGGCGCGGGGCCGCGGGGGCUGGGACUCCCGCCGCGCGCCAGCCUCCUCGGACCGGCCCGGGACCCCCGCGCCGCGAGCCCCACGUGCGCCCCGGACCCCGCGCCCCCCGCGCCCGUGCGGGGCCGAGCGGGGCCGCGCCGCCACUUGUUGAGCGGCCGGGGGUGCCGCCCGCGAGCCGCGGCCGCCGGGCUCACGUGCGUGUCACUCCGCGGCGAGCGGAGCAGGAAGUUGGCCGGGACACGGCGAGGAGCCUCGCGGCGCCGGACGACGUGGGAGGCGCCCUCCGCGGCCGGCGGCCUCUCACAGACGCCGGCGCGCUCUGACAGGCGGCCUCGGGCUGUGGAGACCCCUGGAGAUGGAUCGCUCGCCUGUGACCCCGAAGUGCGGCCGUGAGGGUUAGCGCCGAGCCCGAUGCGCUGGGACCCCAGGGCCCGGUGGUGCAGACGCAGGACCCGGCGGCCCCCGACCAUGGUCACGCUCAUCACCGAGAAGCUGCAGAACCAGAGCCUGGAUGACCUCGCACACCAGAGCUGCGAUGCCGGCCCGUGCUCAGCCGAGAAGCGGAACAGCAGAAGUGGCCCCGUGUUCCCUUUUGAGACCAAUGGAGACAGGUGCCCCUGGAAGGCCCUGAGCGGAGGGUGGCCCCUCGGGAGCCUGGCGGCCGUGGUCCCCGCCCUCCCCUUCCCGCCGGGCCUGGGCGCGGGCAGCGCCGUGGGCCUCAGGGAGAGCGCGGGCCCGGCCCUGGCCCCGCCCAGCAAGCGGCACUGCCGCUCCCUGUCGGAGCCGGACGAGCUGGCCCGCUGCCGCUCCCCCUGGCGCCCCGGGGGCUCCAAGGUCUGGACUGCCGUCUCCAAGCGGCGCUGCCACAGCGGCGGGAGUGCCAGCCUGCCCGGGGGCGCCCUGCCCGCGGCCGGCCCCGGCUCCCCGCCCGCGCCCCGGCCUGCCUCCGCCAGCGGCGGCUGCGAGGACGCCUCCUGCCCGCCCCGGGCGCCCCCGGGGCCCGCCCUGUGCUCCCGGCGCCGCCUGUCCCUGUCGCAGGAGCACCUGCUGGACACAGACGCCCCGGCGCCCGCGCCGGCGCCGGGCUGGCGGCUGGGCCUGCUGCGGAGCCGCUCGCAGCCCUGCGUGCUCGCCGGCAGGAAGAGCCGCCGGAAGCGCCCGCGGGAGGAGGACCCGCGCUGGCCGCGCCCGUCCCUGGACUUCCUGAAGAUGACGCGGACGCUGAAGAACUCAAAAAGCCUCGGCUCCCUCGACUGCGACGGUGAGGAUGAGGAUGAGGCCAGGGCGAAGACGGCCGUGCCCUCCCCUCGGGCCCCGCACGGCCUCGCGGGCCUCGCCAGCCCGGCCUCCAGCCCCCUGGGCGCCCGCCGCAGCCCGUGGGCCGGGCGGGAGGGGCGGGGCGCCGGGGCGCCGGGGGCCUGGGACCGCGCCGGCCAGGAGGUGUGCCCGCCGGGCCCCGGCGAGCUGGACCUGGAGCAGAUCGAGAACAACUGACGGCGGCGGCCGUCGGGGGGAGCGGCCGCUCAGUUUGGACGUUGAGCUCUUUUUGAUCGUCUUUCCUACGGAGUAUUUUGCAUUUUUCUGGCUUUUACAGUUGUGGAGAAAGGUCUAUUUUGAAAUGCAUUUUCGAGGGCAUUCAGUUCGGGUUCUGGGCACACCCGGGGCGGGCUGGCUCCUCGCAAACGCCCGUGGCGAAGGGCGCUGUGCGUCCUGCAGCUGGAGGUCGGCGCCGCUCGGGGCAGGCCCAGCUCGCGGCCGGGCCUGCGUGGGGCCGCCUGGCCGCCUGGGCUGUGACUUCAAUAAAAGACGUUUGCUUUGCA